GGAGGGGUGACAACUGCCUGUGGGUGUCCCCAGCAGUGUCACUGCUGCCAUGGGUCAGGGCCGAGCAGGUUGGGGGUGGCAAUGGGGGUCCUGUGGGGCCCCUCUGGGGCUGUGGCUGCUGCUGGGGGCGGCCGUGGUGGCGUGGGGGCUGCUGCUGGGGACACUGCUGGGACGGCAUGCAGCGCUGUCACAGGAGAUCCAGCGCCUGAGGGACACCCAGCGACUGCUGGAGAACAACGGCUCAGCGCUGGCGGCGGCACUGGCGAUGCUGGAGGGGAACCAAACGCAGCUGAAGAAGCACGGUACGGAGACGGCGGCGCUGCUGGAGCUCCUCUCUGCCAACCAGAGCGCGACGCGGCUCGAGGUUUCGGGGACGAUGGUGUCGGUGUGGAGGGAGCGCAGCACCACACGCAGCGCUCUGCACCAGCUGCUGCACGCCUUGUGGGCCCUGAACCGCUCUUCGUGCCAGGUUUGCCCCCCCGGGUGGCGGCUGCACGGGGGCAGCUGUUAUAUGGUGGGGAGCGGCGCUGUGGGGUGGGCGCAGGCGCAGGGCCGCUGCCGGGACAGUGGGGCACAGCUGGUGGUCAUCGGUGAUGCGCAGGAGCAGGAGUUCCUGACUUCGUUGGCCCCCCCCUACGAGACGUGGAUCGGACUCCAUGACCGCAGCACGGAGGGCUCCUUCCAAUGGGUGGAUGGCAGCGCCCUCAGCUUCCGGAACUGGCGCUGGGGUCAGCCGGAUGAGGCCGGGGGGGGCGAGGACUGCGUGGCCAUGGACUCCCGGGGGGGGUGGGGGGACAGACCGUGUGCGGUCAGCCUGGGGGGGUGGGUGUGCGAGAGGGGCUGGGGCUGCUGA